AAGUGAAAGUUUACAAAUCAAGUCAGUCUCUCAUACAAAAACUCAUAUACACCUUGCUGUGUACUCCUGGAAAUCCUGGUGGUGUAGUGGUUAAGUGCUGCGGCUGCUAACCAAAAGUCGGCAGUUCAAAUCCACCAGGCGCUCCUUGGAAGCUCUGUGGGGCAGUUCUACUCUGUCUUAUAGGGUCGCUAUGAGUUGGAAUCGACUCGACGGCACUGGGUUUGGUUUUUGGUUUUUAUGUACUCCUAGCUGCUCUCCCGCUAAUGAGACAGCACACUGCUCCUCUCCACUCUGAAUUCCUCAUGUCCAUUCAACCAGCCCCUGUCCCCUCUCUGGCUUCUCAUCUCACUUCCAGACAGGAGCUGCCCCCAUAGGCUUCCUGUUUGAGUUGUUUUUCUGCCUUUAGUCUUUUGUUAUUAUAAAUAAUCUUGUAAUGAAUAGCUGUUUUGGAAGAUCUAAUUUGUUGAUAGGAGCCCUGGUGACGCAUUGCUUAAGUGCUGUGGCUGUCAACCAAAAGGUCAGCAGUUUGAAUCCACCAGCCGUUCCUUGGAAGCCGUGUGGGACAGUUCUACUCUGUCCUAUAGGGUCCUGUGAGUCGGUAUCGACUCAGUGGCAAUGGGUCUCUUGGCGCAGUGGUUAAGAGCUCAUCUGCUAACUAAUGGGUCGGCCAUUUGAAUCCACCAGCCACUUUCUAGAAACUGUGGGGAAGUUCUACUGUGUCCUAUAGAGUUGUUAUGAGUUGGACUUGACUCGAUGGCUGAGGGUUUCAUUUUUGGUUUGGUACUAAAUGAAAAUAAACUUUAAUGUUCUGAUAAGAGACUAAUGUUCACUGAUUUUGGAGAGAGGUUCAUAUUAUUGGUUGCUGAGAAAAUUAGUUUCAUAUCGUAACAUACCAAAUAGUAUGUGUCAUUUAUUGUCCAAUUUUUGGCGCUUUUCAUAUAGAUUAUAAUAUUUCUGGAAAUAUUUUCCCUCGUCUAUAGCAAUGAACUAGAAAUUGUUAUAGUAAUACUACUUCUGUUUAGUUUAAUAUAUGGGUCAUUCUCAUAAGGCAUUUGUUGGAAUUAAAAUUUUUUGUAUAUAUGGCACCAGGUUUGGUCAAGGUGGGUGACUUUUCCCUCCCAUUUUUCCAGUGGUUUCAUGUAGUAUUAUAACAUAAGCAGGAAGAAUACAUUUGCUGUGUUUUCAGUAAUUAAGAUGAAAACAAAAAGAAUAUGAGGUUUGGUAAUCAGCACAAAUAGCUGGGAGUAGACUGUCUGUUUAUAGUAAAAAUGUGAUUUAGAUAAUCUCCUUAAAGCUAGUGAAAUGACAAAGUUCAAGUAAGUUCACAUGAAAACAAAAGAAUAUUUGUAAUGUAAAAUGCUUUAGCAUGGAGCAAGAGAACAUUGAUUUUAAGAAUCACAUAUACAUUUGUGCAAAAAGAGAAAGUACAUACACCUUUUUCUAACAAGUUGAGUUGGUUAAUAAGGUAAGUAUACUUUGAGAUUCCAUUUAAAGAGGCUUUGUUGCUAUCAUACUCAGGUGUUCAAAUUCUAAAGUAGGAUUUGUCAACCUCAGCACUAUUGACAUUUUGGAUAGUUGUUAGUUGCCUUUGAGUGAAUUCUGACAUUUUGGAUAAGAUAGUUCUUUGUUUUGGAUCAUUCCUGACCUCUUCUGCCAGAUGCUAGUAUCAACCCCUCCCCCCCGCCAACCAAAACUACCUCUAGACAAUGCCGAAUGUCCCCAGGGGUCAAAAAUCGCCCUUGAUUGAGAACCAUUGUUUUGCAGUGAUACCAUUCGUGAAAAGGAGCUACUUAUGACAAUGUUACUAGCGGCAAGGGGCACAAAACUUUAGUUCAAAAUCUUUUUACUCAGCCACUACUCCAUGGUUUGAGUCUUAUAGAGAGACUUUUCUUCAGUCGAUGCCAGCAUCGGAUCAUGAAUUUCUGAACCACUAUUUAGCAUGUAUGUUGGUAGCAUCUUCUAGUGAAGCUGAACCUGUGGAACAGUUUUCAAAGUUGUCACAAGAACAGCAUCGAAUUCAGCACAACAGUGACUAUUCCUACCCUAAGUGGUUUAUACCAAAUACACUGAAAUAUUAUGUGCUUUUACAUGAUGUAAGUGCAGGAGGUGAACAGAGAGCUGAUUCAGUUUAUGAAGAAAUGAAACAGAAAUAUGGAACUCAGGGUUGCUAUUUACUUAAAAUUAAUUCUCGAACAUCUAAUCGAUCAUCAGAUGAACAGAUACCAGAUCCUUGGAGUCAGUAUCUCCAGAAAAAUAGUAUUCAAAACCAGGAAUCAUAUGAAGAUGGUCCGUGUACUAUAACUUCAAAUAAGAAUUCUGAUAGUAACUUGCUUUCAUUGGAUGGAUUAGAUAACGAAGUCAAAGUAGAUGGCUUACCAAAUAACUUUAGAGCUCACCCACUUCAAUUGGACCAGUCCAGUGACCCUUCUAACAGCAUUGAUGGCCCAGAUCAUGUAAAACCUGCUUCCUCAUCACAUGAAACAAAGAAAAUAAAUACUGGGAUAAUUCAUGGUGCAUGUUUAACCCUUACUGAUCAUGAUAGAAUUCGACAAUUUAUACAAGAAUUCACGUUCCGGGGCCUUUUGCCACAUAUAGAAAAGACAAUUCGGCAAUUAAAUGAUCAGCUAAUCUCAAGAAAAGGUUUGAGCCGAUCUCUAUUUUCUGCAACUAAAAAAUGGUUUAGUGGCAGUAAAGUUCCAGAAAAGAGCAUUAAUGAGCUGAAAAAUACAUCUGGUUUACUGUAUCCACCGGAAGCACCAGAGCUACAAAUCAGGAAAAUGGCUGACUUAUGUUUUUUGGUGCAGCAUUAUGAUUUGGCUUAUAGUUGCUAUCAUACUGCAAAAAAGGAUUUUCUUAAUGAACAAGCAAUGCUUUAUGCGGCUGGUGCCUUGGAAAUGGCUGCAGUGUCAGCUUUCCUUCAGCCAGGAGCACCUAGGCCAUACCCUGCUCAUUACAUGGACACAGCAAUCCAGACAUACAGGGAUAUCUGCAAGAAUAUGGUGUUGGCUGAAAGAUGUGUGUUGCUUAGUGCUGAAAUUUUAAAAAGCCAAAGCAAAUAUUCAGAGGCUGCAGCUCUCCUAAUACGGUUGACCAGUGAGGAUUCUGAUCUUCGAAGUGCACUUCUUUUGGAACAGGCGGCACAUUGCUUUAUAAACAUGAAGAGUCCCAUGGUUAGAAAAUACGCAUUUCAUAUGAUACUGGCAGGCCAUCGGUUUAGUAAAGCAGGACAAAAAAAGCAUGCUCUGCGCUGCUAUUGUCAAGCCAUGCAAGUUUACAAAGGAAAAGGCUGGUCUCUUGCAGAGGAUCACAUAAACUUCACUAUUGGGCGCCAGUCCUAUACUCUCAGGCAACUGGAUAAUGCUGUGUCUGCUUUUAGGCAUAUUUUAAUCAAUGAAAGUAAACAAUCCGCUGCUCAACAAGGAGCUUUCCUCAGAGAAUAUCUUUAUGUUUAUAAGAAUGUAAGUCAGCUAUCACCAGAUGGCCCUUUACCACAGCUUCCUUUACCAUAUAUUAACAGUUCAGCAACGCGGGUUUUCUUUGGCCAUGACAGACGACCAGCUGAUGGUGAAAAGCAAGCAGCUACUCAUGUAAGUCUUGAUCAAGAAUAUGACUCCGAAUCUUCUCAGCAGUGGCGAGAACUUGAGGAACAGGUUGUGGCUCUGGUUAACAAAGGAACAAUUCCAUCCAGUUUCCAACCCACACAAUAUUGUUUGAACAGUUAUUCAGAUAACUCAAGAUUUCCUCUUGCAGUUGUAGAAGAACCAAUAACAGUGGAAGUGGCUUUUAGGAAUCCUUUGAAGGUUCCGAUUUUGUUAACUGAUUUGUCAUUGCUCUGGAAAUUUCAACCUAAAGAUUUCAGUGCAAAGGAUAAUGAAGAAGUUAAAGAACUAGUCACAAGUGAACCUGAAAUGAUUGGAACUGAAGUUAUUUCAGAAUUCCUUGUUAAUAGUGAAGAAUCUAAAGUGGCAAGAUUAAAGCUCUUUCCCCAUCACAUAGGAGAGCUGCAUGUUCUUGGAAUUGUUUAUAAUCUUGGCACAAUUCAGGGCUCCGUGACAGUAGAUGGCAUUGGUGCUCUUCCUGGAUGUCACACAGGAAAACAUUCCUUGAGUAUGUCAGUACGAGGGAGACAGGAUUUAGAAAUUCAAGGUCCUCGGCUUAACAACACAAAAGAAGAGAAAACAUCUAUUAAAUAUGGUCCCGAUCGACGUUUAGAUCCCAUAAUCACUGAGGAAAUGCCACUAUUGGAGGUGUUCUUUAUACAUUUUCCUACAGGGCUCCUCUGUGGAGAAAUCCGAAAAGCAUAUGUAGAAUUUGUCAAUGUCAGCAAAUGUCCUCUUACUGGAUUGAAGGUUGUUUCUAAACGUCCAGAGUUCUUUACUUUUGGUGGUAAUACUGCUGUUCUAACACCACUAAGUCCCUCAGCUUCUGAGAACUGUAGUGCUUACAAGACUGUUGUGACAGAUUCUACCUCUGUGUGUACAGCACUCGUAUCAGCAGCUUCUUCUGUCGACUUUGGCAUUGGCAUAGGAAGUCAACCAGAGGUGAUUCCUGUUCCUCUCCCUGACACUGUUCUUCUACCUGGAGCUUCAGUCCAGCUACCAAUGUGGCUACGGGGGCCAGAUGAAGAAGGUGUCCAUGAAAUUAACUUUUUGUUUUACUAUGAAAGUGUUAAAAGGCAACCCAGAAUACGUCACAGAAUAUUAAGACACACUGCAGUUAUUUGUACCAGCCGGUCUUUGAAUGUACAAGCUACUGUAUGCAGAAGUAAUUCUCUGGAAGAUGAAGAAGGCAGAGGAGGCAAUAUGUUAGUCUUUGUAGAUGUGGAGAAUAUCAAUACCAGUGAAGCAGGUGUUAAGGAAUUUCAUAUCGUACAAGUGUCAAGUAGUAGCAAACACUGGAAGUUACAGAGAUCUGUAAAUCUUUCUGAAAACAAAGAUGCCAAACUUGCCAGUAGGGAGAAGGGAAAGUUUUGCUUCAAGGCAGUAAGAUGUAAGGAAAAAGAAGCUGCUACACAGUCCUCAGAAAAAUAUACCUUUGCAGAUAUCAUCUUUGGAAAUGAACAGAUAGUAAGCUCAGCAAGCCCGUGUGCAGACUUCUUCUAUCGAAGUUUAUCCUCUGAGCUGAGAAAACCGCAGGCCCAGCCUUCUGUGCACGCAGAAAAGCAGCCGUUAGAGGAUGCAGUGAGAUUGAUUCAAAAGUGCAGUGAGGUGGAUUUGAAUAUUGUUGUAUUAUGGAAGGCGUACGUUGUGGAAGACAGUAAACAGCUUAUUUUGGAAGGUCAGCAUCAUGUUAUUCUUCGCACUAUAGGAAAAGAAGCCUUUUCAUAUCCUCAGAAACAGGAACCACCAGAAAUGGAACUACUAAAAUUUGUCAGGCCAGAAAACACUACAGUUUCUUCAAGACCAUCAGUAGAGCAGCUGUCUAGUCUCAUUAAAACAAGUCUUCACUAUCCAGAAUCAUUUAAUCACCCAUUUCAUCUAAAAAGCCUUUGUUUAGUACCAGUCACCCUUUUACUUUCCAAUUGUUCUAAAACUGAUGUGGAUGUAAUAGUUGAUCUUCGGCAUAAAACAACCAGUCCAGAAGCAUUGGAAAUCCAUGGAUCGUUCACGUGGCUUGGACAAACACAAUAUAAACUUCAGCUUAAAAGCCAAGAGAUUCACAGUUUGCAGCUGAAAGCAUGCUUUGUUCAUACAGGUGUUUAUAACCUUGGAACUCCUAGGGUAUUUGCUAAGUUAUCGGACCAAGUUACAGUGUUUGAAACAAGUCAGCAGAACUCCAUGCCUGCCCUGAUCAUCAUCAAUAGUGUGUGACGACUUAAAAAUUUGUACUGAAAACGCAAGGAUCAGUUUUAUUUUGCGGAAUGGGUUUACAGCAGUAUUUGAAAUAACUUGUUAUGGAGGUUGUUGUCAGAUCACUCAAAAUACUUUGACUUGUCAGUUUUUUGAUGACGCAAAGCACGUUGGACUGAGAAUACUUAUUCUUCUUUUGUAUUUCUCUAAACCCUGGUAAUAAUUCAUACGCUCAUAAUACAGAAUUUCAGCAUAUCUGUGCACCUGUCUGAGUCUGCUGUGACAGCUGAUUGGUGGUAUAUGAUUAGGAGAUGAUUUUGAGGAAGGAAAAACCUUGUUGACGAUACUCCUGUUAAGCCAUUAGUUUAUAAAUUCCAGCUUUACUGUGAAGUACUAUAGAGUGUUAAAUACAGAUUUUGCUGUCUUGCUUCACACAAUUCUCUAAAAUCAGUUUUGAACUUUGGUUAUAGAGUCUUCAUAUUUCAGUAUCUGGUGGUCCCUAUGGCUUAUACAUAACUUUGUAAAAAGAUAAAUAAAAGUUUUUUCCAAUGCUUUGAAUAUACUUUUGAAAGGAGUUUGACUUUUUUUCCUCAUUCAUCUCAGUAUAGAGUGCACUAUUUCACAACAUGAGUUUUUUUUGUCAUUUAAAUUAUCAUAUUCUUUAUUAUGUAACUUUAACAAUUGAGUUGAUCUGUUUAAAAUAUAAAUCCACUCAAGGUAAUUAAAAAUAAGCUUUUCAAAAAUGUAUUAUAUUUAUAACAAAUGUACUUGUAAAUAGAAUAAAGACAUGAUAUUCACUGUAUAGAUUUAUUAGAUGCCUUUUUUUUUUAAACUUUGUUUCUCAAGACUUAACCAUAUUCUUUAUUUGAAAUGUAUGCCAACCAUAUUAUUGCAGAUUGAACCAGACCAAUUGCCUGGGGAAGUUUUGUUGUCAUUGUUUCUAAAAGUGAAGUACAGUUCUUGUUGUUACAGACUUUGAUAGCCUUGUUAUACAUGAACAAAUUAAUUUCGUCUUUAAAUGUGUCAUGUCUGAUCCCUGGUUACAAACUUGGGUAAACCAUUUACAUCCUGGUAGUAAGGAAGAUCAGUGUUUAUUGAACCUGUUGUAAGUAAAUACAUUUCAGACCUGAUUCUGGUAAUGCCACACUAGAUAAUUUAGCCUUCCAGCUGAAGAAAACUUAAAAUGUCUGGGCAAAAUAUAAGAAAUAUCUUCCUUCCUGUAAAACAAAAUGUUAUAAAUACAGUCAGUUGUAAAUGGACCAAAACGCAGGAGGAGAAAGUCCAGAGAGGUGAAGCUAGCAUGUAGGACCACUUUGCCCUGUGGGGGUUUGCCAGUUUAGGAAGAAGCAACUGAGGGGCAGAGCCUUCCAUUUGACAGGCUUUCGAGACAAGAAAUAUAGUUAGGGGAAAUAAUCUAAUUUGAAGCAAGGAUAACGGUGGCUGCCUAAUCUAAGUCUUCUCAUAUGUUCUCCAAAAAAAGUAUAUAAAUCAACAAGAAGAGUAAAUUAAACCACAUGUAAUGCUUUUAGCACAGCUAGACAGAGAAUACUGCUAACUUCAACUUAUCUGUAAGUGGGAAAUGUAAUGCCAAAUUCCAGUAAGCUAUCUCAAGCUUCUGCAAGCCUUUGUAAAGCGUGGGGAUAGGGGCGACGGGUUUGGGGUGUGAAAGAGAAUAGAGGGCAUAAGAGUGAACUGAAAUCACUCUAGGAAAAGAGAAAGGUUACCGUAAACAUAAAAAAGGGGCCCUAGUGGUGCAGUGGUUAAGAGCCAUGGCAUGCCAUGGCUGUGAACCAAAAAGGUUGGCAGUUCAGAUCCAUCAGCCGCUCCUUGGAAACCCUAUGGAGCAGUUCUACUCUGUCCUAUGGUGUCACUAUCUGGUAGAUCAGAACACUGAUGAUAGGCAAGGCAUUUAAGAGGAAGUAAGAUCUAAGGAGCCGGCUUCCAAAAGAUGUCUCAUCUGGGGGAGAAGAGAUUUAAUAGGAAGAGGUACCCUUUGGGUGAUAGAGGAAGAAAGCAAGAAGGGAAAAUUUAGGUUUCAACAAGACCGAACCACAGUAUCGAAGGAACCACCAACUUUCUCCUCAACUAAAAAAGAAACCAAAAGGCCAUUCAUUCAUUAAAAAAAUUGUACUAUGCUACACUGCCAGGAGAGCGUACUCUUGAUCAUGGAAUCACGAAAGCCACCUAGAACCACAACCGUGUCUACUAAAUGAAUAGACGAAAAUGGUCCAUAUCCAUACAAAGCUACUAUAAGAAGAAACAAUGAGAAGCAAAAUAUUUUAGUUCAUAAAUAUCCACCCCCUGCCCCCUACCCCAGCACAAACAAGCAGUAUGCACUAAGCUUCAUUAAAUACCCUCAAGCAAGUAUUUGGAGAUAAUUUUUUUUAAAUCUUGGAUCAAAUUUAAAAACCAAGGGAAAAGGGAGGGAGGUAAGAAAAUAAUAAUUUAUUGAAACCAGUGAGGAAAUCUAGAAAAGACAAAAAACUAGCAAAGAAAUGAAGAUCAAAUUGCAAAAUACCACAGAAUAGAUUCAGAUGAAAAAUUAAUGGGCAUUGAAUUAAGGGAGAAAAGCAAUCAAGAGAAUGAAAAUGAAAUAAAGAAUUAUGUCAAUGAGUAAGAGUGCGUACUCUCAAAAAAAAACCAAUGAGAUUUAUUGAAGCUUCAAGACAAUUCGAACUGGGGACAGGUAUGUCUGAUCUCACAAAAUGAAACCAAGCCUUCAAAAUGGUGGAGUUACAGAGGCAUUUUUUGAGGUUGGAAGUUAUGAGAUUUUGUAAGUAGGAAGCAGGACAACUCAAAGUAGGGCAUUACAGCAAUUGGUUGGAAACGUGCAUGUGGGCAGUUUGGGUUGAUUGGUUUAAAUAUAUACAAUUAAGGGGCGUUUUAUGGGGUGGUCACAAGGUAAUUAUCUUAAAACAUCAUGAGGGCUGCUGAGGGGAUUCCUGAUAAGGGCCUUGUGUCAAGACCCUCCCUUAGGAACAGUCUAUAUCUUUAGUUUAACCACAGACAAAACUUUCUUUUGUUAUGUACUUAAGUCUGUCUAAGGUUUUGACUGUUGGAGGGGAAAUAAGCAAAAGCUAAGAUGGAGCUGGGGCUCAGACCCAUCAUUCUGAUAAAAAAAUUUUUAAGCAGCUUAAUUUUGGGACUCACACAAUAAAAGGGUUAGAAACAGGUUGAAAUGAAAGACAAAGAUUUAAUAUAAGGAUAAUGGAAAAGAACUAAUAUUUAAAACUAUAGAAACAAAUGGAAACCUGAAGCUGCAUAUUAAAAAUGUCCAUGGUGUGCCUGGAAAAAAUUGACCCAGAAGUAAACCUAAACACAAAACUAUCAGACUUAAAACAUAAAUUAGUAACCUUUUGUACCUAUGGACCAAAAGACCACAUAUAGGGCAAGAAUAUCAGAUUGGCAUCGGACUUCUCAUGAGUGACAUACAAAGAAAGAUGACAAGCAGGAUUUUCCAGAAAUUCUAAAAAAGUGUGAACAAAAAAUUUUAUACCUAGCUAACUUGUCACUCAGGUUUCAAGGUUUUCAACAUACGACAACUCGGGAAAUAGGUUCUCAGGAGUUGUUCUUAAGGAGUAGAGGUGUGUGAGCUGCAGCCCAUGGGCCAAAUUUGAUCCACAGCCGGUUUUUGUACAACCUACAUGUAUCACUAUGAACUCAUGAUCUUUAAUACAGGUUAAAAUACAGACUAAUUUUUAACACAGACUUACUAUGGGCGUCACUGUUACAGUGCUGGGACCCAUGGACCCCAGAAAACUAAGUCCUUAUCUCUUGGUUGACUUUUAAAAGGAAAGCCUUUAUUAGAAAAUAAAAGCACUGCGCAGUGGGGCAGCAGCCGAGUGUAUAGCACUGUAGCAGGCUAUUCCCCAUGCACAAGUCUUCGGAGCUUUUAUUGCUCGCUAAGAUACAGAAGUGAGGUGAUAGCGAAUCAGUGGCUAGGAUUUCAGAUAAUUCUUUUUUUGCUAUAAGCAGUCCGACAUGGCUCUUCAUGUGAGUGCAGUCUGUCCCUCCUGUGGUUAGGGUUCGAUUCUUGUCUCGGGUUCUUGGACCAGGCAGAAGUCAUCUGUGGGUCGCCUUGGUCACCUUGCAGUUGUCUGUGCAUGCUCCAGGGACCAGGUGGGGCCGUUCCUUCUGAAAAACAUCUCACAAGGGUGUACAUUGUUCUUUAUUACAUAUUCCAGGAUGGGGGUUUUAUGUCAUUAGCCAAACACAUAGUAUUAUAAGUAAGUUGCAAGUUGUAGGUGUUGCAGGGCUCUUUGUCUAGGGGUUCGGUCCUUGUUUCUUCCCUAUCUCAUCUCUUCUGACGACUCCAUUAUAAGAUGGUUCCGACAUAAAUCGAAGACGUUUUUUCUGUUUAGUUUUCAUUUUUGCCAGCUAUGUGGCUUUGAACAGUAAAUCGUAACAUUAAACAUCUUCACGUGAACGACUGAGAAUGAUAGCAUCAGCAAAUAAUACAAUAAUACAUCGUAUGCAGUAUAUAUUACUAAUGAUAUUGUAACUCAAAUACUUCAUAAUUCGGGGACUACCCAUAGAUAGAAAAAUAUAGACGUAGAAAUAGCCGAGUGUGAGUUUCUUAGCUUUGUCCUCUAAAAGGGCAUAGAAGCAAUGAGAACCCAGUAGUGAUGAAUACGUCUAGUGUCCCGGACCUUUGUUUCUAAAUAUAAUUGUCCACUGAAAGGAACCAGGGCCUUGGAAAAAUGGCUGAUUCCAAGGCUGGGACAGGGGAAAUACCAGAGCCUGGAACAUCUUGUGCCAGAAAGUAAGGAAGUCAUAUCUGUUGUCUGUUGCAUAAAACUCACCCAAAACUUAGAGGCUUAAAAACCACUUAUUUACCUCACGAUUUUGUGGGUUGGCAAAUUGAGCUGGGCUCAGCUGAACCUUUUUUCCCUAGUCUUGACACAUGUAACUGCAAUCGGCAGUCAACUAGACUGUGGUGUUUCUAGGGUUUGGCUGGUAGUUACCUGGGGCAAAGGAAUGGCACAUGUCUCUGAGCAGCCACCAGGCUAGUCUGGGCUGUUGACACAGAGGCCCAGGGUCCCAAGAGCAGAGUAAGAAAAGAUAAACCCAUUGACUCAAACAUAGCAACAAUUGUGAAGCUGGCUCAGGACUGGGCAACGUUUUGUUCUGUUAUCCAUAAGGUCAUCCUGAGUUGGAGGUCACCCAACAACAACAACGUGGAGCAGUUCCUGAGCCCUUGUCUUUUAACAUUUUUGAAGAGUACGAAGCAGUUCCUUUGGAGAUUAUCCCUAAAUUCCGGUUUAUGGAUUAGAUUCAGGUUGUGUAUUUUUUGGAGGAAUAUUAAAUAAGUUAUGUUUUGUCCUCCUUGCAUCAUGAGGAAGCAUGUAAUUUGUCCACUUAUUGGUGAUAUAAAGAUUGAUCACUUGGUAAAGGUGGUACUCACCAGAUCUCUCCACUAGAAAAGUUACAUUUUCUUAUGAUACGUGAUUUGUGGAGAGACUGACAGUAUUUAAAUGUCCUAUUCCUCACUACAAUCUGCAGUGGUUUGUUUUAGCAUUCAUUGAUGAUUUUUUCAAGAGUAUGUCUACAAAAUGAUUUUUAUAACUCCAUUUUAUAUGUAUUUAUUAGAUGACAUUCUCCUGUAAGGAAAAUCUUUCCCUUCUUUAUUUAUUGUCAGUAUUAUUGAAUGGGGUUUGAUCCGUUACUAACCAUCAUUGUUUAUUUUGAUGAUCAAGUUGUCACCGAUUUAGCCUUCAAAUGCCCCUUUAAAGCUGGCUGUCAUGUCUUUCUGACGUGUUCCCAUCAAUUAUUAUUUUUAGCAUUUCUGUGUAGAUGGAUGGCAAAAACAGCCAGCAGCUAUUAUCCUCCUUGUGUCCACAUCUCCUUUUCAGGAACCUUUGCGCUCCCAUUAAGUCUCUGAGCUUGGCCGUGAUAUUUAACAAACAACUGUAAAUUUCCUGAUGCUAAUAAAUGUAUGGUGGUUAUGUUAAAAAAAAAAAAA